CCUCCAUGUCUUUCCAUGUGUUCCUGAAUGAGCGAGCCAGGUUGUGAGCGAUCUGAAACAAAGCCACGCGUAAUUUAAUGCGCGCGUGGAGUGGAGCAAAACAAACAAACACGCUCAGAGUCGCGUUCUGGGAAAGCGGCCGUUAUUGCCACCAAAACGACCAAAAAAGCAGUAUCCCUUUUUUUUUCUUUUUUUUUUUUCUUUUCAUCGGCUUUACACCCCCCUGUCCUUCCACCUUUCGUCUCCCCUGAUUGACCCUCGAACACAAAGCACUCUUUUCCUACCAUGUCCACCUCAAGGGCGAGAAUGAUGGCUGCCCGGCGUCAGAUUGUCAGGACGUUCAAGAAACAUCAGCUCACGCUUCAACUCGAUGCCACAGAAUACCUCGAAGAGACUUUGGAGAGCCAGAACGUGCCGCCCGAGGACUUGAACGACACACUGGAGAACAUCGCUGCAGGAUAUGUUGCUCGAGAGGGAUUGAAUCUCGUGAGCCGUGCCCGUCUGGAAGUUGUGUUGGAAAGCAUGCAGAAAUGGACUCAUCAUUUACAUGAGAAGCCGACCCGCAACCCCCUGGAUCCACACAAAUCACAAAUGACCGCUUCUCAGGUCAAUACGCAUUCACAGCUACAACGGCCAGAUCCACGAGAUCUUGAAUCAAUCGACAUGGCGUCCAUGCGGCACAGGAUCCAGGAGAUGGAAGGCGAAGAGGAGCAACAACAUGAAUCCAAUAGUCAUGAUCAGGACUAUCUGAUGGAUCACGAGGCGGUACAAAGCUACGAUACUAAUGAGGAAGUAGAGGAUGAUUUGGACAUUACAGAAAUGUUCCAUGUCAUCGACGCCUUCUCGAUGCCCCGCUGGGCGUGGGCAUCCGAUAUCAAGACCUUCGUUCGGACCGACCCUUCCCAAAGACAGCACGACACAGAACACGGACAUGAAAAUCGCGCCAAUGGAUCAAUGAACUCUGCAGCAAAUAUGUCGAACCAUGUUCUGGGCACAGCGGAGGAAAAGACGGCAAUGUUUAGAGCGAGGUAUCAGGUGCUUUUGCAGCGUAUUAUGCGGAACGAAUGUUUUGCUCCGCCUGUCUUCACUGGGGGGAUGCAGCAAGAUCGAUAUUUAAAGCUGACGCCUCUCAAGGCACUCAAGGGCAGAUGCGGGGAGCGCUUCCUAAUGUUUGGUAUGUUGGUCCAGAUGGGCGACGGCAAGUUUUGUCUGGAGGAUGCGGACGAUCGAAUCGAACUAGUGCUGGAUAAUAGCAAAAACUCUGCAGGAUUGUUCACAGAGAACUGCUUCGUGCUGGUGGAGGGACUUUAUACGGACGACAACGUAAUUCUUGUCGAUACCAUUGGAUUACCGCCACCAGAGUUACGGGAAGAAACAAAGAAAGUUUUUGGAAAUAUCGACUUUUUGGGAGCGCCGAAAGAGAUGAGAAGCGAGGAUCAGCUCAGCGUCAUUGCUGGGGAGUAUCCCAAUAUUAUGUUCGUCAUCCUCUCUGACCUCUGGCUCGAUCAACCCAAGACCUUCACCACACUUCGCACGAUUUUCGAUGGCUACUCCUCAGCGAAUAUACCACUCGCAUUUAUUAUGUGCGGUAGCUUUAAAUCCCAGCCUUUUCUGUUCAAUGGUCUGGAGUCGGGGCAGUACCGGGAUGGCUUCAAUGCCCUUGCGGAAUUGAUUGCUGAAUUCGACGAGUUAGCCAGGUCCAGCUACUUUGUUUUUGUGCCUGGUCCAAAUGACCCGUGGGGCGGAAGCAUUCUGCCAAGGCCCAAAAUUCCAGAUUUCUACACAGCAAAGAUGAGGUCGUUGGUGAAGCGCUCCGUUUUUGCGUCGAACCCAUGCAGAAUCAAGUAUUGUAACCAAGAAAUUGUGAUCUUUAGAGAGGAUAUCUUGAACCGACUUUUGAGAAAUUGUAUAGUUCCGCCAGUCGGCGAUGUGGUGAUUCAGAAGCAGCUCAUCAGGACUAUCGUUGAUGGCGCACAUCUCUGUCCACUGCCUUUGACUACGCGGCAGGUCUCUUGGGCCCAUGACCAUGCCCUUCGAAUCUAUCCGAUCCCCGAUGCUUUAAUUCUGGCGGACAAAUUCGAGGCGUACAGUUUCAAGUAUCAGAACUGCCAUUGUAUGAACCCAGGGAGCUUCCCCACCAGCGACUACUCGUGGAUGGUCUACUACCCAGCAAGCAGGGAAUCCGAUAUUUGUCAAAUACCUAAAUAGACGCGAAAGAUGCUCAUUCAAAAAUAAAACUUGCAAUUUUUGGGCCGGACCCGCACUGACAC